AUCUCAUCUCGCCUUUCCCGACUCGCCCUCCCGUCUGGUCCCGUCGACUUCUGCUGCAAGCCUGCCUCCAAUUGCCCUCUGGCCCCGUCUCUCUUGCUCUCCGGAUUCUCUUCUUUGCGCGCGCUCUUCUCCCGCCGAAUGUACCGUUCCGACUAACUGGGCCCUGCCAUCCUCCCCUCCCGGUCACAUCAUACCACGCUCCAUCUCUCUCUCCCACCCCCAUCCGCCUCCCUCCCCCGCCACCCCAGCAUUGUCUACCGCAUCCAGUCCAACAGGAUGUCCCGCUCUGCUGCAGAUGCGACCCGGUUCACGGCCACCGGGCCCUACGCCCACUCCAAGCCCGGUUCCGCGGCUCCAUACAAGCUCCCCAGCUCCAUGACCAAGCCGGGAUCGAGCUCCAGCUCCCAGCCGCAACUGGGCCCGGGAGGCAGACCGGAGACUCCCAAGGAGAAGGUUGAGCGGUUGAGAGCCCAAGCCCGCGCGGCCCGAUUAGCUCAGUCGACGUCGCGGGUGGACAACAUGAUCGAACUUGGACGUCGGUUUGCGAACAAGGCGCACAAGACCAUGGUUUACACACUCAUUGCUGCUUCGGGUGUCUGCGGUGCUUUGACGGUGUACUCCGUCAUCUCUCUAACGCUAUACAACCGCCGCCAGCGGGCUCUGUGGGUGGAGAAGGAACUCCAGCGGCUGCAGGAUGCGAAGACUGCAUACACCGACGGCACCGCGACUUCCGAGCAACUGGAGCUUCUGAAGAACGAAAAGAUCGGCGAGAUCUUCCAGCAGAAGAAGGAGGACGCGAAAGCACAGCGCCCUUGGAACCAGGUCAAGCAGUACUUGCUUGGUGGAUUGAAGGAGGAUGAGAAGGCCCCCAGCACCAGCUCCAUUCCCGAUAGCGUGCUGGGUGACGCCAACAACAAGUCCGCGGUCUUGGAAGCCCUGAACGCAAAGGCUGCGGAAGAUGCCAAGUCUGCUGUUGGCGCUGCUGCUGCCCCGAAAGGACAGUUGGAUGCGCUGGCGGAGAAUGCCGAAGACGCUGCUAAACAGACAACGCGAAGCUGGAAGAGCUGGCUUACUGGACGGUAAAAUAAACAGGCAUGGGAGCAAGCGAAUAUAGAGGAGGAAUGAAAGGAGAAGGAAAUCAAGGACUCUCAGAGAUGACGUCUAUGCCGGCCAUCCGACUUCCUGUUUCUGGUUUGCAUGGCAUCGUCCUUUUUCCUGUCUUCCACAUCUGGGGUUGCGGCGUCUGUUCGGGUUGUCUUUCUGCUGUAUGCGUAUUUGUCGUUGCUUCCCCGAAACUGUGUAUUACUGGGUUGGGUUGUGUUAUUUUAUGUACAUAUACAUCUAUUAUUCUCUCGUGUCUUGGUUACAGCGCCGUCUAGUGUUGAAACGCAAAAUGUAAUAAAAAUACAUAGAAUCUUCAAUCAAAUGUGGAUCCAUACGGGC